UCACUUUAGUAAACCAGAUGGGAAGGGUAAGAUGAGGCUGUCUCUUGUCACCAAAUUCAGCUAUGGCGUCGGCCAUGUGUUCAACGACUUCUGCGCCUCCAUGUGGUUCACGUACAUGCUCAUCUACUUCAACAAGGUGGUGCUGUUCAGCUCGCAACUCUCGGGGAGCGUUGUGCUUGUUGGUCAGAUCGCUGAUGGACUUGCCACACCCUUUGUUGGCCUCAUGUCGGACAGAGGCGAGGGCUGCCGUUAUGGCCGACGGAAAACUUGGCAUUUGUUUGGCACAAUUAUUAUCAUGUGUACAUAUCCGUUCAUCUUUUCCCCGGCGGUGGGCCUUCAGGACAGCGAGACGUGGGCCAAGAUGCUCUACUACUGUAUCUUCAUCGUAUUCUUCCAGUUCGCUUGGGCGUCCGUCCAGAUCUCUCAUCUCUCAUUGGUUCCUGACCUCACACCCGAUGAGCACGAGAGGACAGCUCUCCUUGCUAUCAGAAACAGUUUCACCGUGAUCGCCAACAUGACUGUGUAUGUAUUGCUGUGGACAGUCCUCCAAGUGGAGAGUAACGGCAUAGAUCAAGAUCAACCCAUCACUCCCAGUGACUCAGGGAAGUUCCAGAUCGUGACGUACACGACAGCAGUGAUAGGCACCAUAAUGUCCAUCCUAUUCCAUGUUGGUGUGAAGGAGGGGCGGCAGGAGAGUUUGUUGCCGGGAGAUGACAGUCUCAAUGUUCUCCCAGAGACUGGCAACACCACCAUGAGUCUCUUCUGUAAGAUUCGGCUCUAUCAGGUCAGUAUUGAAUUUGCCUUAAUUCUGGAGUCGUAA